UCUCCACGCAUAGGAGGGCACAAGGAACCUAAUAGCAUGCACUUCGGCUGUAGUCAAGUCAACAUAUUAUAGUUUACCCAAUCGAGAUCUCGUGGUUUUGCCUUAUAUGUGUGCAUUAGCACCCCCAUAGCCAUUCAUCACACAACCUCUGGCCACUUCUGCUCUGUUCCGCGUUACAACUCUAGAUCAAUUUCGUCCCAGGUGGCCAGUUAACAUCCAUAUCUUUCAAAAAUGGUUGCCGAAGUUAUGGGGGCAAGCUCAGAAAGUGAGCCAACUCUUCUCAGCACGUUACCCAAUGAAGUACCAUUAGACUUUUUGAGAGAAAUUACAUCAGACUUCUCUGACGAGCGAAGACUAAGUGAAGAUGCAUUUGGAACAGUUUAUAAGGGAGUUCUACGAAAUGGGCAACUGGUUGCUGUGAAGAAGCUAGCGGCAUAUGUGCAAGUGCCUGCUGGAAAAAGAUUUCUCAACGCUGCAACAAAUCUUAUGGCAGUUCAACAUGACAAUAUAGUAAAGUUGCUUAGCUGCUGCAGCGAAUCAAAAAAGAAAGUGGUGGAGGAAAAAGGAAGAUUUGUUCUUGUUGACAUGGAUGAAUGUGUACUCUGCUAUGAAUUUUUACAUAAGGAGAGCCUUCAUGACUAUCUGUCGGAUAGUACAAGGAAGACUGACUGGGAUACAAACUUCAAAAUAAUUAAGGGCAUUUGCCAGGGUCUAAGUUUCUUACAUGAGGGGAUGAUGCUUGGUCGUAUUGUUCAUUUGGAUCUUCACCCUGCCAAUAUAUUGUUGGAUAACAAUAUGGUGCCAAAAAUUGCAAACUUUGGUCUCUCGCAACUCUUUGAUACGGACAAAUCCCGGACAUACACAAUGAAUGUUAUGGGACUAAAAGGGUACAUGGCACCUGAGUAUUUGUACCGUGGUGAAAUCUCACCCCAGUGUGACAUAUAUAGUUUAGGUGUAGUAAUCAUUGAGAUCACCACGGGAGAGAAGAAUUGUUCCAACGACAAAGACAUGGCUGGAAGAAAUUUUAUUGAUAGGAUACGUCAAACUUGGACAGAUGACCAUAUAGCAUCCAUGUACCCAUUAUUGAGGGCAGAUCGCCUUGUGGAAGUGAAAGCAUGCAUUCAUAUUGGUCUUGAAUGUGUUGAUGUCAACCAGAAGGAAAGGCCUUCUAUUGCAGACAUUGUUGACAAGCUCAUCAAUGGAAAAUUUGCAGUGCAGGCUUGAUGUAUCAGAGAUUUGAACCAUCAUUAUGGAACUCCCCGCUGGAUUUACUACCUCUUCCAGAAGAAAUCCACUGAGUUGUUCUUGAAUU